CAAUCAUCGCGGCGUUAUUUCACCAUCCUACACCUCUUCACCCCCACUACCCUAUAGUCCCUCAUUUUAAUAUACUCUUCAUGAUAUUGUGAGUACGAAAAAGCAUUCCUUCGCUCAAUUGACUACUAUUGUCGCCAUCCUGCACACCCUAAACCCGUACCCUCCGACUCGUCACCAUGACCCUUCUGCGGCAGGCCGGAUCACUACCGCGUCUUCCUAAUUUCUCCUCAAGAGCGUUGCUCAUGCGCGCGAAGCUCCCUCAAGUCUCACGAUCCCAGAUCCGUGCGUCCUUCAGCAAUGGAGGCCCCUCCACCUUCGCGAAGCGCCAUGGGCCAGGUGCUUCUAUACCACUACAGGCCCCGCGAUUGAAUAAACACAAGUCACCGAUAAUACGAUUCGUUUCCACAAAGCCAUUGCCAUCCCCGAAGUCGCGAUUCAUCCGAUUCUGCUAUCGAACAGCGGCUGCGUUUGGCUUCUUUGUCGCUAUCAGCGGUGGUUUGGUAGUCGCAUUUUUCAUCUACGAUUAUUCCACGUAUAAAGAGGACCCGGCGUUCGAGGAUAUACCUGUUUCAGAACUAGCCUUGCAGCCGAGAAGAGGAGGACCCAAGAACCUGCCAAUCGCGGACUAUUUUGUCGACGAUGAUGAUUGUGCGGAGAACAAGGCGAUAAAACAUAAGCCAAAGCUAGUGAUACUCGGGACUGGAUGGGCGAGUGUUGCGAUUCUGAAGCAAUUGAACCCUGGAGAUUACCAUAUUACUGUCGUGUCGCCGUCCAAUCACUUCCUCUUCACUCCGAUGCUGCCGUCAGCGACAGUUGGAACGCUGGAGCUGAGAUCACUGGUUGAGCCAGUCAGGGGGAUUGUUCGGAGAGUCCAUGGGCAUUUCUUAAAAGCGAAAGCUGAGGAUGUAGACUUCUCGGAGAAGCUAGUGGAGGUGUCUGCGAUUGGGCCAAGGGGAGAGAAACAGAGCUUUUACCUGCCCUACGACAAGCUCGUUAUUGGAGUUGGGUCUGUAACCAAUCCUCACGGCGUCAAGGGCCUCGAAAACUGCCACUUCCUAAAGGACAUAAGCGAUGCCCGCCUGAUCCGCAACACGGUGAUUCGAAAUCUCGAGAACGCCUGUCUUCCGACAACCACGGACGAGGAGAGACGAAGGUUGCUCUCUUUCGUCGUUUGCGGAGGUGGACCAACCGGUGUCGAAUUCGCAGCCGAACUCUUCGACAUGCUGAACGAAGACCUCGGGAAAUUUUUCCCCAAAAUCCUCCGCAACGAAAUCUCAGUACAUGUCAUACAAUCCCGCAGCCAUAUCCUGAACACGUACGAUGAAGCUCUAUCAAAGUAUGCUGAGCAGCGGUUCGCCCACGAUCAAGUUGACGUGCAGACUAAUUCCAGAGUGAAGGAAGUUCUACCAGAUAAAAUCCUCUACUCACAAAAAGAUGAGGACGGUAAGAUCCAGACGAAGGAGAUUCCGAUGGGUUUCUGCUUAUGGUCCACCGGUGUCUCUCAAACCGACUUUUGUAAACGACUCGCCGCAAAACUUGAAGGCCAGAACAACAAGCAUGCACUGGAGACUGACACCCAUCUCCGUCUAGUCGGCGCACCUCUCGGUGACGUCUACGCUGUCGGCGACUGCUCGACAGUACAGAACAACGUAUCCGACCACAUCGUCACCUUUCUCCGUACUCUGGCCUGGGAGAAAGGGAAAGACCCCGAGCAAAUGCACAUCCACUAUUCAGACUGGCGCGGAGUCGCCAAGCGUGUCAAACAACGCUUUCCCCAAGCAUCCGACCAUCUCAAGCGAUUAGACAAGCUAUUUGAAGCAUACGACAAGGACAAGAGCGGGACUCUCGAUUUCGGAGAGCUUAGGGAGCUUCUCCUACAAAUCGACUCCAAACUCACAUCCCUUCCAGCUACCGCGCAACGCGCCCACCAACAAGGCCAAUACCUCGGUCGCAAGUUUAACAAGAUCGCCCAGGCGGCGCCGGGCAUGCAAUUAAACGAAGUCGACUACGGUGACCUAGAUGAUGCGGUGUAUAAAGCUUUCGAGUACCAUCAUCUAGGCAGCUUGGCGUAUAUUGGUAAUGCGGCGAUCUUCGAUAUCAAUGGGUUGAACUUCUCGGGUGGACUGAUGGCGGUGUAUCUUUGGAGGAGUGUGUAUUUUGCGCAGAGUGUGAGCUUUAGGACAAGGUGUUUGUUGGCGAUGGAUUGGAGUAAGAGGGCGCUUUUUGGGAGAGAUUUGAUGAACUUCUGAGUCUGCGAAGGAGAGAUUCAUAUGGCUCGGCUUCCUAGCACACCGGCUCCGGGAUUUCUUUUGUGACUUUCUUGUACAAUUGCCUUAGAGAGAGGCGUCUUCAUGUAUAGCACAUAUGUAC